CAGAAAGUGGGUAAAUAUGUAGAAGGCGGUCCAUCGUCGGGAGUAUUAUGUUGUCAUACACGUUCCCGGUGCCGAGUGUUUCCUGCACUGGUGCAUGGUGGUCGAACAGGAGGAAUUGUUGGAAAAUUUUCCCGAGCGGCUAAAGCAUGCUCUUGGCACAGCUCAACCGGGACUCCCAGGGAAUGACUGAGUUUCAUGACGCCGAUGGGCAGCCGGUGACGCUUUGCCUGACUGAGGCUGUAACUGUAGCGGAUGGUGAUCAGAUGAACACCAUGGACACAGUGAGCCUGCAGGCCGUCACCCUGGUUGAUGGCUCCACUGCCUACAUCCAGAGAGAUGCCAAGCCGGCCUUUUCUGACACGCAAAUCAUGGAUGGGCAGGUGAUACAGCUGGAGGACGGCUCAGCUGCUUAUGUCCAACACGUGUCUGUGCCCAAAGCAGGUGGAGAGAGUUUGCAGCUGGAAGAUGGACAAGCAGUUCAACUUGAAGAUGGAACAACAGCUUAUAUACACACUCCCAAAGAAACGUACGAGCAAGGGGGCCUGCAGGAAGUGCAGCUGGAGGACGGAAGCACGGCGUACAUCCAGCACACGGUGCAUGUGCCUCAGCCCAACACCAUCUUGGCCAUCCAGGCCGAUGGAACCCUCGCCGAUUUGCAGGCCGAGGCCACCGCCAUCGACCCCGAAACUAUCAGCCUUCUGGAGCAGUACACCACUAAGGUGGAGAAUGUCGAGAACCCUUUGGUUCCCUUCAGCAGAGUGGAGGCAGAUAACGGCGUGCAUAUGCGAAUUGUGUUACAGAAUCAGGAAAACAGAACAACAAGGGUGGCCAACGUCGGCGAAAAGUCGUUCCGCUGUGAACAUGAGGACUGCGGAAAGUUGUACACCACUGCACACCACCUCAAGGUACACGAGCGUUCGCACACGGGAGAUAAGCCGUACAUGUGUGAAUAUCCGGGCUGCGGGAAGAAGUUUGCAACAGGGUAUGGAUUGAAGAGCCACUCACGCACGCACACUGGCGAGAAGCCGUAUCGAUGUCAGGAGCUUAACUGCUGCAAGUCCUUUAAAACCUCGGGAGACCUUCAAAAGCACACACGCACGCACACAGGAGAAAAGCCGUUCAAGUGUCCGGUGGAGGGCUGCGGCCGAUCUUUUACCACCUCUAACAUUCGCAAAGUGCACAUUCGUACGCACACAGGGGAGCGGCCAUACUACUGCUCAGAACCCAACUGCGGCCGCUCCUUUGCCAGCGCCACAAACUACAAGAACCACAUGAGGAUCCACACCGGGGAGAAGCCAUACGUAUGUACUGUGCCCGGCUGUGAGAAGCGCUUCACAGAGUACUCAAGCCUCUAUAAACACCACGUUGUGCACACACCGUGCAAGCCGUACAACUGCAACCACUGCGGCAAGACCUACAAGCAGAUCUCGACACUCGCGAUGCACAAGCGCACUGCUCACAACGACACGGAGCCUAUCGAAGAGGAGCAGGAGGCCUACUUUGAACCACCCACUGACGCCAUUGACGACCCCAAUGUAAGCUACUCGACAGGGGCCCCCGUGGAGGAGGAAGACUCGGGCUCUGAGCACGUUGCAGUGGAGAAUGCUGAUGUUGUCACUCAGCAGCACGUUGCCUUGGUGACGCAGGCGGAUGGGACGCAACAGCAGGUUAGCAUCUCUGAAGCUGAUUUACAAGCCAUGGGUGGUACCAUCACCAUGGUGACCCACGAAGGAACAACCAUUACUAUCCCAGCCCAUGAACUGACCACGCAAGGUGCUCAGGUGGCCAUCAUGACACCCGGCAUGACUUCCUUUGAAACAGUGGAGGAGGCCAGUUACAGCCAGGGGCAAGAAGACAUUCACCCAGUUACCUUGCUGGCCACCUCCAAUGGCACUCACAUUGCUGUGCAGCUUAGCGAUCAGCCAUCGUUGGAGGAAGCCAUCCGAAUAGCCUCGAGAAUCCAGCAAGGAGAGUCACCUGGGCUGGAAGAUUGAUUUUGGAUGGGAGUCAGAAUUUGGACUAAAAAAAGAAAGAAAAUGAUGCAACAGCGAACUCGCAAGUCUUCCUUCAAAGCUGUUUUGUUCCCUCCCCUCCACGGCCAUGCAAAUGAACUUUAUUUUAAGUGUACAUAGGAUUUUGAUAACUGGACUAUUUUGUCUCUCAGCCAAACAGAUAAUGGGCAGAUGUGUUUGAGGGGGUGCUUUCUAAUGAUUAUGCACACUGCAGGGUACAUCUAAUGCUUUUUUAAAUAAAAUAU